AUGGUUUGGAAAGUCGCCCUUAUUUCAGCUGCCGCUGCCACUGUAGCUUCUGUGAACGCAGUUACCACUAAUUACACCAGUUCCACUGAUCCCACUCAAAUCACUCUUCCCGACAUCCCUCAAGUUACUUCUCAAGACCCCGCUCAACAAUGUGUUUACUACAACUCCCCUUACUCAAUCAACCCCUCUGAAUGGCCUACUGUUUGGGACACUGCCACCUCGAAUGGCAUGAACACAUCUGCUGAAUUUACUGCUUUGUAUAACUCCAUUGACUGGACUAAGGUUCCCAAUUUCCCUCCUAGAAAACUUACCGCUGCUGGUGGUCUUGAUAUGACUGGAUAUGACGCUACCAAUGAUCCUGCUUGUUGGUGGUCUAGCUCUACCUGUAAGACUCCCAAGGUUGAAGGUAUCAAUGCUGAUCUCUACGCUUGUCCUGAGCCCGAUGUUUGGGGUUUGACCUUUGAUGAUGGCCCUAACUGUUCUCACAAUGCCUUCUACGAUUUCUUGGAGAAGGAAAAGCAAAAGGCUACCAUGUUCUACAUUGGUUCCAAUGUUGUUAACUGGCCCUACGGUGCCCUCCGUGGUGUUAAGGACGGUCAUCACAUUGCUGGCCAUACCUGGUCUCACAAGAUGAUGACCACUUUGACCAACCAAGAAGUCCUUGCCGAGCUUUACUAUACUCAAAAGGCUAUCAAGCAUGUUACUGGUAUCACUCCCAAGCACUGGCGUCCCGCUCUUGGUGAUUUGGAUGAUCGUGUCCGUUGGAUCGCUACUCAAUUGAACUUGACCGCCAUCAUCUGGAACUUGGAUACUUUCGAUUGGGCUGCUAAUGUUCAAGCUGGUGUUACUAAUGAAACUGUCGAUAAGCUCUACCAAGAUUUCAUUGCCAUGGGUACCAAUGGUACUUUCAAGAACUCUGGUAACAUUGUCUUGUCUCAUGAAAUUAACAACCAAACUAUGGAUUUCUUCAUGAAGCACUAUCCCGCUAUCAAGAAGGCUUACUCCCAUGUUAUGGAUGUCGCCACCUGCAUGAACAUCACUACACCCUAUGUUGAAACCUCUGUUACCUUCCCUACUUUUGCUGAAGCUGUUGGUACCUCCUCCUCCAGCGGCAGCUCCGCCUCUGGUGCCUCUGGUGCUGGUGCCUCUACUACCCCUGGUGCCUCAUCUGUUAAGGCUGCCAGUGCUGGUAACUCGAUUGUUCUUAAUGGCCCCCUUUUCAUCGCUGCCCUUUUCGGUCUUCUCGUCCUUGUUUAA